CUUGCGUCUACGUCAGGAAAAGCUCCGAGCUUAUUGGUCCCGGUCCAUUGUUGCGUAUUGAUUGCUGCGGAGCGGUGGUAUGGUCGUCGGGACACUUGGUUGUCGUCGUAGUCGUCCUCGGUGAUGAUCGGCGCGGCGGUGGCAUCAAGUCGAAUUGCGAAUGGGUAACGGAAACGCGUAGUCGUCAUUCACAGCUCGCGUCGUUCUCGCACCUCUGCCCGGGACAAACACUUUGACGCAUUUCUUGGUGCCAGUGCGGAUUAUCGGGGUGAGGUAGCCGCAAGUGCAUGUUCUCCGGAAGUGUCACCCGGAAAUAGGAACCAGGACUAAGCCACCGUAGCUCCUGAGUAGCUGGCCCGCAGAAUUGUGUGGCUCUCAGAAUAGGGUGACUAUAAGAAUUGGGUUACUAUGAGAAUCGAGUGACUGUCAGCGAGUGAGACGUCAACGAGAGUAGAGGUCACCAAGGAGGGUAGGAAGGUGCCAAGAGGGUGGCAAGGGAUAAGGGAUCAGGAAGUGUCGAAACUGAAUCAAAUGAGGAUAAUGUGACCGAAGCCUGAAGUGACAGAAAUGCAGAGUGAAGAAAAGGAGUGUUAGAAGAAGUCAGGUGGUAUUUUUUGAUCGGGAAGCAUCUCGCCAGUCAAGGCCGUGGAUCCGGCAACAUUAUGAAGCGCAUCAAGAGCAGACUGCUGGCUGGUCAGUGGGGACGGUGAAUGUAUGACCCGGGGGCAGCCAGCAGAGAUCUGCUGCCGGGAUGACGUAUGACGAGACGACUGAGCAGCCCCCGGUAGACGACUGCCUCAAGGUUCGGAAAUGGUGGUGUUUCGUCCUCUCGAGCAUCUUCACCUUCCUCGCGGGGCUGCUCAUCGUCCUGCUCUGGAGGGCUUUCGCCUUCCUCUGCUGCCGAAAGGAGCCAGAGGUUGCUCCAAAUGACCCCAAGCAAAAGGAGCAGAAGGCGGCCCGCCAGAACAAAGAGUUCGAGGGUACUUUUAUGACCGAGGCCAAAGACUGGGCCGGCGAGCUCAUUUCCGGACAAACCACCACUGGACGUAUUCUUGUGGUGCUAGUUUUCAUUUUGAGCAUAGCUUCGCUUAUAAUAUAUUUCAUCGAUGCCUCCAGCGAGGAGGUGGAGCGUUGCCAGCAGUGGAGCAACAACAUUACUCAGCAGAUAGACUUAGCUUUCAAUAUAUUUUUUAUGGUCUACUUUUUUAUACGCUUUAUCGCCGCCAGUGACAAGCUGUGGUUCAUGCUGGAGAUGUAUUCAUUCGUGGACUACUUUACGAUACCACCGUCUUUCGUUUCGAUCUAUCUGGAUCGAACAUGGAUCGGACUGAGGUUCCUUCGAGCCCUACGACUGAUGACGGUCCCUGACAUCCUCCAGUACCUCAACAUUCUAAAAACAUCGAGCUCCAUUCGCCUCGCGCAACUCGUAUCCAUCUUCAUCUCCGUCUGGUUGACUGCAGCUGGCAUUAUACAUUUGCUUGAAAACUCAGGGGACCCUUUCGAGUUUGUAAAUCCACAACCGCUUUCUUAUUGGACAUGCGUGUACUUUCUUAUCGUGACGAUGUCAACGGUGGGAUAUGGUGACGUUUUCUGCCAGACGAUUCUUGGCCGUACAUUCCUAGUAUUUUUUCUACUCGUCGGUUUGGCCAUAUUCGCCAGUUGUAUCCCUGAGAUAAUUGACCUGAUCGGGACGCGAAACAAGUAUGGCGGCACUUUGAAGAACGAGCGAGGUCGCAGACACAUUGUUGUGUGCGGCCACAUCACCUACGAGUCUGUCUCGCACUUCCUCAAGGAUUUCUUACACGAGGAUCGCGAGGACGUCGACGUAGAAGUUGUCUUCUUACAUAGGAAGCCACCAGACCUCGAACUGGAGGGACUAUUCAAACGGCACUUCACCACCGUCGAGUUCUUUCAGGGGACCAUCAUGAACCCCAUUGAUCUGCAGCGGGUCAAGGUACAUGAAGCAGAUGCUUGUUUGGUUUUGGCAAAUAAGUACUGCCAGGAUCCGGACGCAGAGGAUGCAGCCAACAUCAUGAGAGUCAUCUCCAUUAAAAAUUAUUCGGACGACAUCCGCGUUAUCAUUCAGCUCAUGCAGUAUCAUAAUAAGGCCUAUUUAUUAAACAUUCCAUCGUGGGACUGGAAGCAGGGUGACGAUGUGAUUUGCCUGGCAGAACUGAAGUUGGGUUUCAUCGCUCAGUCAUGCCUAGCGCCAGGAUUUAGUACAAUGAUGGCCAACCUUUUUGCCAUGCGUUCCUUCAAGACGUCGCCGGACACUCAAGCGUGGCAGAAUGAUUACCUGCAAGGCACCGGCUGCGAGAUGUACACGGAAACCCUCUCCCCGUCCUUUACAGGGAUGACUUUUCCCCAAGCCAGCGAGUUGUGCUUCACGAAACUGAAGCUUUUACUACUCGCUAUCGAGAUCAAAGGAGAUGCGGGCUCUGACAGCAAGAUUUCAAUAAAUCCAAGAGGUGCCAAGAUCGCUGCUAAUACUCAGGGAUUCUUCAUUGCUCAAUCUGCCGACGAAGUAAAGAGAGCGUGGUUCUACUGCAAAGCGUGUCACGACGAAAUCAAGGAUGAGACUCUAAUCAAGAAGUGCAAGUGUAAAAACUAUGUGGGGAUGAUGAUGAUGCAGACGGGUAUGGUGAAAGGAAACUCUACUUGCCACAGAUACCUUGACGACGACCACCAUCCUCCCCCCACCUUCACCCCGCCAGAACUGCCUAAGAUGGUUCACGUGAGAGGUGAAAUCAGUCGCGAACGAGACGAUCCGAACGCCAUGAGAAAUCAUCGGAACUCUGUAGGGAUGACGAUGAUGAACUCAACGAAACAAGUCAACAAAGUGAAGCCGAAUGUGAACAGAACCGCGAACGACAGUUUAUCAAGCCCCAAUCAACCGUAUAAUCAGAGAUCGCAAGAGGAGUCCGCAUACUCUGGCUACCAUCUCGCCUACGAAGUCAAAAAACUCAUGCCAACGAGUAGGACUUCAGGUGGUACCAACCUGAACAAUACGGGACUACAGGUCGGAAUCGCUGAUGAUCAAGCGAAGGACUUCGAUUUCGAAAAAACCGAAAUGAAAUAUGACUCGACGGGCAUGUUCCACUGGAGCCCAGCCCGCAACUUGGAAGACUGCAUUCUGGAUCGGAAUCAGGCGGCCAUGACAGUUCUGAAUGGACACGUGGUCGUUUGUCUUUUCGCCGAUCCUGAUUCACCCCUCAUCGGACUGAGAAACCUUGUCAUGCCACUAAGAGCUUCCAAUUUUCAUUACCACGAGCUUAAACAUGUAGUGAUAGUUGGGUCUGUAGACUACAUCCGCCGAGAGUGGAAGAUGCUACAGAAUCUACCAAAAAUAUCGGUGCUGAAUGGCUCACCGCUGAGCAGAGCAGAUCUGCGUGCCGUAAAUGUAAAUCUGUGCGAUAUGUGUUGCAUUUUGUCGGCAAAAGUGCCUAGCAACGAUGACCCAACCCUCGCCGACAAGGAGGCCAUCCUCGCAUCGCUAAACAUCAAGGCGAUGACCUUCGAUGAUACAAUCGGUGUCCUCAGUCAAGUUGGCAGUCCAAUCGUUCUCCAACGAAGAGGAUCGGUCUACGGAGCAAACGUUCCCAUGAUCACAGAACUUGUGAAUGAUAGCAACGUACAGUUUCUGGAUCAGGAUGAUGACGAUGAUCCCGACACUGAGCUCUACCUCACACAACCCUUCGCCUGCGGCACUGCCUUUGCUGUCAGUGUUCUCGACUCUCUUAUGUCCACGACAUACUUCAAUCAAAAUGCGCUGACGCUGAUUCGAUCGCUGAUCACCGGAGGAGCAACGCCUGAACUGGAAUUGAUUCUUGCUGAGGGCGCUGGCUUGAGGGGUGGUUACAGUACGGCGGAUAGUCUCUCGAAUAGGGAUCGGUGUAGAGUUGGUCAAAUCUCACUAUAUGAUGGGCCAUUGGCCCAGUAUGGUGAGGGAGGUAAAUACGGUGACCUGUUUGUCGCAGCAUUAAAGAAUUAUGGAAUGCUGUGUAUUGGUCUAUACAGGUACAGGUUUCGAGACACGAGCUCAUCUUGCGAUGCUUCGUCUAAGAGAUACGUAAUUACCAAUCCUCCGGAUGAUUUCACGCUACUACCUACUGACCAGGUCUUCGUGCUCAUGCAGUUCGACCCAGGUCUGGAAUACAGACCAAGUAGAGGAGCCAGAGGGAAGGAUGACGCCUCCUGACUGUUGUUGUGUAGCGCCCUCACCGACGGACCUUACUCCUACAUCUAAUAUCAUCGUAGAUACUUCAUGCCACCUAUCAUCCUCAGGAUACUUCUUCAAUUUCUUCUCUUCAUCACCAUAUAACAUCAAUCCAAAACCCAUCCAAUCAAUCACUUCCACUUCCAUUGACCUUUUUAUCAAUCCAAUUUUUUCUCAAGACAGUGUUUUACAGUUCCACAUUCGCAUCUCAUUAAUAGUUUAUCAGUGUCAAGACGGGAAUCCCAAAUCGUUCGAAUUUGCAGCAGGAAGAGGAAGAUAUCGAGAAGAAAUGAAAACCACAAUCGGAGAGGAAGUGUUAGAAGAUGAAGGAUGUUGUGCGUGGCAUUGUUGAUUUUGGUCCAAGGGUUGCUACACGUGUCCUAAAAAACAAAGGUUUUCAACGCCCCCUUCGUGGGGCAAGAAGUACUUACUAGUAUAUUACAACAAAUGAAAAUUCGUAGCCGCGGCUUCAUAUGCCGUCGCUCAGUGAUCACAAUUCGACUGGAUGACUUUUAUCGAGUGUGAAGAACGUCGUAAGUUCAAAGGAUUUUCCUCCCCUACCCUCUCCAUCCUUCUGUCCCCAUCGGUGCAAAAAAAAAUGCCGAGGAAUUGGCACUCACGAGGAGCGUCGAUAUUGCAGUUGUCACUCGAUCGCGUGACAUCUGCACACACGAAUCGUGUCAGAAACUUUACCCAGACGUGGGAAAAUUUUUCAGUAAUAAAAAGAGGGAAGAUCGGAGGAGAAAAAAGAGAGUGCGGAACUACAUAAU